GUCGAUGCAGUUAUUAAUUGGCCUACUCCCACGUCACGCAAAGAUGUACAAAGGUUCUUAGGGUUCGCAAACUUCUACAGAAAAUUCAUUAGAAAUUUCAGUUCAAUAGCCUCUCCUUUGCAUGAUCUUACCUCGCCACACCAACCUUUUGUAUGGAACCCGCUUUGUCAGGCAGCUUUUCAAAAACUUAAGUCGAGCUUUACCUCCGCUCCCAUCCUUACUUUGUCGGAUCUCAAACACCAGUUUGUGGUGGAAGUCGAUGCGUCUGAUGCCGGAAUAGGAGCAGUGCUCUCCCAGAAAUCUCUCAAGGAUGAUAAGUUACAUCCUUGUGCUUUCCUCUCCAAAAAAUUUACCCCAGCUGAGAGAAAUUAUGACAUUGGUGACCGUGAACUGUUGGCAGUCAAGGUGGCUUUGAUGGAGUGGAGGCACUGGCUAGAGGGGGCACGGACUUUUUAGUAUGGACAGAUCACAAGAACCUUGAAUAUAUCAAGACUGCUAAAAGAUUAAAUGCGAGGCAGGCUAGAUGGGCUCUGUUCUUCACUAGAUUUAAUUUUACGUUAUCCUACCGACCGGGUUCUAAAAAUGGUAAGCCAGAUGCUUUGUCACGCAUUUUCUCCGAAGAGAAUUAUUUGUCCGACCCUAAGACUAUCUUGCCUAAAUCAUGUUUCAUUUCCGCGUUUGUGUGGGACAUUGAAAAUGCGGUCAAAGGGGCUCUGAAAGACACUCCUAGCCCUGAAGAUUGCCCUGAGAACAGGCUUUAUGUGGUUCCGACCUUAAGGGGAAGAGUCAUCCACUGGGCUCACACGAACCGAACUGUAUGUCACCCAGGCAUUGCCAAGACGCAAUCAGUGGUCAAACAGCGCUUUUGGUGGCCUAAUGUUAGGAGGGAUGUUAUCGAUUACGUCAAUGCUUGCCAGGUAUGUGCUGCUAACAAGCCCACUCAUCAACGUCCUUCUGGGGAGUUGCGACCCCUGCCAAUACCACAACGUCAGACAUUUCCGUAGACUUUGUGACAGGAUUACCGGCCUCUAAAGGCAAUACCACCAUUCUUACAGUUGUUGACAGGUUCUCUAAGAUGGCACACUUCAUUGCACUUCCAAAACUCCCCUCAGCUAAGGACACUGCCGAGCUAAUGAUUAAUCAGGUUUUUAAGUUCCAUGGUUUCCCAAAGAAUGUGGUGUCUGAUAGGGGUCCCCAAUUCAUUUCGCAAUUUUGGAAGGAGUUUUGCAAUCUCAUAGGUGCUACUGUCAGUCUGUCAUCUGGGUUUCAUCCUGAAACCAACGGCCAAACCGAGAGGCUGAACCAGGACCUGGAGACGGGGCUCCGAUGUCUCGCUUCACAGGAGCCGCGAUCCUGGUCUCAGAAACUGGUUUGGGUCGAAUUCUCCCACAAUUCCCUCCCCUCUGCAUCCACUGGUCUAUCGCCUUUUCACGUUGUGCAUGGUUACCAACCAUCUCUGUUUCCUGCCAUAGCCCCAGAAUCCACAGUUCCAGCAGCAAUAACCUUGGUGAGACGCUGCAGGAGGACCUGUGAGCGAGCCCGCCAGAUGCUGCUGCGCCAGGGAAGGUCCUACAAGGUCGCUGCUGACCGUCGGAGGACACCGGCCCCGAACUACAAAGUGGGUCAGCGAGUUUGGCUCUCGACCAAGCAUAUUCCACUCCGGGUGGAGUCCAAGAAGCUCGCUCCCAGGCAUACGUGGACCUCAACUGUGAAAUACUCUCAGAAGACUUAACUUGCACUGUACCUAAUCUCUUCAUGAGGUGGAUCGAGACGAUGGACCCUUUACUCCCCCUACUGGUCCUCAGCUCACUUAUACUCAACGCUUUUGGUGGAGAUGUGUGUGUCUCUGGUCAUGAUAGUGGGCCAGUCUUUGAAGAAAAGCCAAACAAUUUAAUUUACCCGGAAGGCCUGAGCGAAGGGAAGGUAGUUCUCAGCUGUCAGGCCAGGGCAAGUCCAGCUGCUUCCUACAGGUGGUUGGUGAAUGGCACUGAGAUCCCGCUGGGUUUAGACCUCCGUUACACUCUGGUUGCUGGCAACCUGGUAAUCAGCAGACCUGAAUCUGAUCGAGAUACAGGCUCUUAUCAGUGUCUGGCCAUCAACCGCUGUGGAACUAUCAUCAGUAGAGCAGCUAACCUAAAAUUUGGCUACCUUCACGACUUCCCUCCAGACAGCAGGAGUCCUCAGACGGCUUAUGAAGGCAUUGGAACAUUCCUAGCAUGCCAGCCUCCUCCACAUUACCCAGCUCUAUCCUACCGGUGGCUCCUCAAUGAGUUUCCUAACUUCAUCAAGAAAGAUGAUGGCCGCUGGUUUGUAUCCCAGGUAACUGGUAAUCUCUACCUUGCAAAAGCAGAGCCCAACGACACUGGAAACUACUUCUGCUUUACUACCAUCAACAUGGACAUCAGUACAAAAAGUACCUUCAGCAAAGCUAACCAACUCACUGUGCUGCCUGAAGCCAAUCCAAAGAAGUCAGCUCCAAGCAUCAAAGUGCGCUUUCCAGCGGAGACCUAUGCCCUUGCUGGAUACACUGCCCAGUUAGAGUGCUUUGCCUAUGGAAACCCAGUCCCAAAACUGAGAUGGAAAAAGGUGGAUGGACUAAUGCCAUCCAAGGCAGGUUCUAGUGCUGAGAGUCCCACUCUCAUCCUACCAGACCUUUCCUUUGAUGACGAGGGUGUCUAUGAGUGUGAAGCCCACAAUUCUGAGGGAAUUGACAUGUACCAGGGCCGCAUUAGUGUGCAAGCUCAGCCAGACUGGUUGCAGGUGAUGAGUGACUCUGAAGUUGAGAUUAGUUCAGAGCUACACUGGAGUUGUGUGGCUGCUGGUAAACCCAGACCUUCCAUUCGCUGGCUCCGCAAUGGACAGCCGCUCACUACACAGGAUAGAGUAGAAGUAAAUGGAGCUCAUCUCAAGAUCAGCAGCCUAGCCCUGGAAGAUUCUGGGAUGUACCAGUGUGUUGCUGAGAACAAGCAUGGAACAAUCUACUCUACUGCUGAGCUACGAGUCCAAGUUCAGGCUCCAGACUUCAGGUUAAACCCCGUGCGGAAACUGAUCCCUGCAGCCAGAGGGGGACAAGUGAUAAUUGAAUGUCGCCCACGAGCAGCCCCUAAGCCCAGCCUGUUCUGGAGUCGUGGGACUGAGUUGCUCAUCAACAGUAGCAGGGUGACUGUGACUCGAGAUGGCAUCUUGUGGAUCACUAACAUCAGCAGGGCAGAUGAAGGGAAAUACACUUGCUUUGCUGAGAAUUACCUUGGCAAAGCUAACAGCACAGGACACCUGUCUGUCAGAGAUGCCACCAAGAUCACACUGGCUCCCUCCAACGCUGACAUCAAUCAGGGUGAGAAUGUGACGUUGCAGUGUCAUGCCUCCCAUGAUCCCACCAUGGACCUGACCUUCACCUGGGCCCUCAAUGGGGCUGUGCUGGACCUGGAGGACUCUUCAGGGCCGUACCAUCGAGUAGAAGGGAAGGAAACCAUUGGAGACCUGUUUAUUGUGACUGCUCAGCUGAGUCAGGCAGGCACGUAUACCUGUACAGCUCAAACUGUGGUGGACAGCGCCUCAGUUACAGCCAAACUGGUGGUGCGAGGGCCCCCGGGACCGCCUGGCGGUUUACUGGUAAGAAAUGUUGCAGAGACAUCAGUGGAGCUGAAGUGGAGUCAUGGCUAUGACAACCACAGUCCAAUCGGGAAUUAUGUGAUCAUGGGCCGAUCUUCUCUAUCAGUGACGUGGAAGCAGAUGAGGACCAAGCCAGUGAACAUUGAGGGGAAUGCAGAGUCUGCACGUGUGAUUGGGCUGGUUCCCUGGAUGGAUUAUGAAUUCCAGGUCAUCGCCAGCAACAUCCUGGGCAGUGGUGAACCCAGCAUGCCCUCACAUACCAUCCGCACACAACAAUUAGCUCCCUCAGUGGCUCCCAGUGCACUUGGUGGUGGAGGGGGAGAUCGCAAUGAGCUCAUUAUAACAUGGACGCCCAUGGCCAGAGAAUACCAGAAUGGUGAUGGCGUUGGCUACAUUUUGGCAUUCAGAAAGAAAGACACAUCAUCAUGGACAGAAGUGCGCAUACCUUUAGUGGAGUCCUCCCGAUAUGUGUACUACAACGACACCCUGAUGCCAUACAGCCCCUUUGAGGUGAAAAUCAAAGCCUAUAACCGAAGGGGAGAAGGUCCAUUCAGUCAGAUUGCUGUCGUCCACUCUGCUGAGGAAGAGCCAACAGUUGGACCAUUAAGCAUAAAUGUCACUGCACUGACAGCUUUUGAGAUGAAAGUAUCAUGGGAGGCUGUCCUGCAACCUAAUACCAACGGCAUCCUGAGAGGAUAUGAGAUCCGAUACUGGCGACAGCAUGAACGGGAAGCAGCAGCAGACCGAGUGCGGACAGCAGGACUAGAAACAACAGCCAGGGUGUCUGGACUUCGUCCCAGCACUCGAUAUCAUGUUGCAGUUCUUGCAUAUAACAGUGCAGGCACUGGCCCACCCUCACCACGAUCCACUGUGACCACGAGGAAACCACCUCCGAAUCGCCCUCCUGGAAAUGUAUCAUGGAGGACUGAUGGCUCAUUGGUAAUUGUGCGAUGGGACCACGUGAAGGCCAUGCACAAUGAGUCAGCAGUCCUGGGCUACAAAGUUCUGUACAAGCAUGAGGGUCAAACCGUUUUGAAGGUCCUGGACAUGGCAAAGACAUCAAUGAACCUGCCGCUGCCGAAAAACAAUGGAUAUGUUGUAUUGGAAGUGCGAUCUUGGGGUGAAGGUGGGGAUGGACCUUCGCACGAGAUUAUUGUCUCAAGGGACUCAGGAACCGGCAUGAUGGUCCAGAGCAUGGCAACUGUCUACAGUCAUUCGCUAAAUCUCAUCAUUGGCUUGUUUAUUCUCAAAAUGGUGUCAGGACUGUGAUUUCAGUCAACUUUUUAUCUUACUAACUAGAAUUUAAUGUGUCUGGUGUUACAACCUGUUUUGGGUGGGAAUGGGUAAAAAAAAGAAAGAAAAAAAAAAGUACCUCUUUAUUAGAAAGGCCUGUGUGUGUGUUUAAGUGGCAGAAGAAUGCUGUCCAAUCUGAUUGUGUAGCCAUGCAUUGGAGUCAAUCAAUAUUAAUAAGGGAAUACUGUAAUCUCGUGUGACAUGUCUCAAACCCAGGGUAGGAUAUUGCCAAGACCUUGUACUGUUGCCUUCAUUCACACUCAUGCAUUUAUACACCACCAUGAUUGAUGUCUUGAUGUGUUUGAAGAGUUACAGCAUUAAUUUAGCAAAUUCCACAAACUUACAGUAUAGCAUUUGGGAACUACAAAUAUUUUAUGCCAAAUGUGGCAACUCCAUUUACAGGGGCUCAAAAGUACAGUAUUUGGAUAAUUGUAAAUGUAACCAUUAUUGUAUGACUUCAUUAAAAUCAGUUGCAGUCAAUGACAACAUUGAACAGAAUUCAUGGAUAUCAAGUCUUUGGUCUAGGAAGAUGGAGACGGGUGUGAUUUAUUAGAUUGCAUCACAAGUAGCUACUCUUUGGAUUCUUUAUGAAUAGAGGCCGACAUUUAAAUGUGCUUCAUUUGUCUAUAGGUAACAGAGGAAUUUAGUUCUACUUGUCAAUGCCUCUUGUGCAUCAACUUUCAACCGUCCUGAAAAAUUUGGCUGUAAUCCCUCAAUGGUAAAUUUUGAGAAUCCUUUUAAAUUAAAACUGAAAGUCUAAAUAUCUUGCUAUUUCAAAUCAACUGUGGUGGUCUAUAAAGGAAAAAUGGUAAAAACUCUGUAGUUAUUCAAAAACUUGUAACUGUACAUAUUACAUAUUUACUGUUUGGCUUUUGCAUGUUCAAUCAAAUUUUAUUUCCAGAUUACGACCUGAAAAAGUUCUUUCUGUCAGAGGCUACAAUAGGGACCAUUUUAAAUGAGUAUCUCUAAAGCUGAAUCAUGCAAAGCAUGUGGAGUCCCAACUUUACCAAGAAUUAGAUGGAGAAAUUAGCAGUUUCCAGCUGUUCGAGUGUACUACAUACAGUAAAACAGCCAAGACAAACGACAGAUCGAGUUGUACUUCGUUGCUCUCAUACAAUGAUUUUUGGCGCUACUGUAUUCAUUCUUGCUCUUCUUGAAGAAGCUGUUUGAAAAGUCAAGUCAAGUAAAACAUACCCAUUGUAAUUCUAGCUCCUGCUCAUGUCUGUGCCCUUGCCAUUCAUCUAUUUCCAAUACCGCUUAUCGCCAGUCAGUCGCAGGGCAUGUAUAGAGACAGAAAACCAUUCUCACUCACAUUAACUUUGAGAGGAAACUGAACUAUUGCUGCCUGCACCGAAGUCAGGUGAAUGUACCACUACACAAUUCAGUGACUUGUAAUCAUACACACUAUCUAUGAUGUAAUACUGUAUGUCACUAGUCAGUUCAAAGGUUUUCCGUUUCAUUCUUUUUUUAAAUUAAUUUAUUAAAUCAUUUAUUUUAUUUAUUUAUAUAUUUUCAGGAAAGUUGUACAAAAGAAUACAUUGUUUUUCUUUUAAUUGUCCCUGUUGUUUGAUAAUAAUUAUGACAAGUAUAAAAAUGCUAGUGUAAUGUGUUUCACUUUAUUGCAGCUGCUUUUCUGCUGAUAGUGUGAUAUAAAGUUCCUGACAGCGAUAAAAGGGUUGGCCACCAAAGUUAACAAUGUCAUAUAUCCCCUUCAUUGUAAUCAGUCAGAAUCUAUCAGCUCUUAUGUAAAACUUUGUCAGAUUUAUUACAGUACACAGGAAGAGAUUGAACUCAAGCAUAAUGAUUAUUUUAAACUUGUUUAAACUGGUCUACUGUCAAUUGAUUUAACAUUCAGUACUUAUUUUUCUUGAUGGUGUUGCCUUAAUUUUAUUGAGUGUCACUAAUUUUAGAAAGUUCAUAAUUGCACCAGAAGAAGAUGAAAAAACGGUUUGGUUCCCACAAAAUAGAAAUAUAAAGCCAUAAUGCUUCAUUGUAAUAUAUUCCCUGUUUAAUAUUUAUUUUGUUGAAGUACUAAGAGGUCAUAAAAUACAUUAAGUAUGGCAUUUUAAAAUCUAAAAACAUGUCUUUUUUAUUUAUUUAUAUUUUUAUUAUUUGCUUUUGCCCUGGUCUUAUUCACAUAUUGUAAGUUUGUGGUCAGGAUGAAACUUUACAGAAAGGGGAAUGCUUCCAUACACUCACAGAAACACUGUAAUACACUGCACCCAAGCAUAGUAUGUAAUACAACUAAAGGUUGUUGGUAUAGUUGACCAACGUAGUUCCAAAAUGUGUUCAUGUGGUUAUUGUUAUUAUAAUAAUUAUGUCUUCCAUCCAUCCAUUUGCUACAACUUUUCCUGUGCAGGUCAUAGGUGAGCUGUAGUCUGGCGAGUGUAAGGCAGAGUACACCCUGGUCAAACAACCAGUCAAUCACAGCCAAGGCACAGAUAGAAAAACAGCUAUCCACGCUCUCAUUCAACUAUGGACAUUUAAGUGUCUUCAGUUACACCAACAAGGAUGGUUUUGGAAUGUCGGAGUCCCUGCAGAAUACCCACACAAGCACUUGGAGAAAAUACAAAUGCCACACAGAAAGCACUGAGCCGACACUUAAACCAAGAACCUCUGACUGAAGAAUUUGUAUUGGAAUUGUCCAUGCGUGCUUGUUUGCAUUAUUAUACAUAAUUUCACAAUGCCUUUAGUAUUGUAGUAUUGAGGUUUACCAGUAGAUAGGUUUGUCAACCAACCCAUAGAAAAACAUUAAUAGUAGGCCUAAUAUGCAAUUAUCAUGUUGCCCUUCAGCUUUUUCAGAAUAGUUGAACAGAAAUUUGAAGGGAGACGGUUAAGUGGUUCAAUACAUAUUAAAUAAACACCCUGUGAUCGUA